AUGCUUGCAGCACGAAGUAGUACUGGUUGCUGGACGUGUCGGCUUCGAAAGAAGAAAUGUCAGGAAGAACGACCCAAGUGUUCAACGUGUGAUUCUCUUCGCAUCGUUUGCCACGGCUAUAGUGAGAAGCCCGCUUGGAUGGAUGGAGGAUCGUCAGAGAAGGCAGAAUCAGAACGGAUCAAAGGAGUCAUAAAAGAAAAUAAGAAACGUAAGAGAGAGAUAGUUAGUCGUACCGUGGCAAAAAACGGCCCAGGAUCCACACCCGUUACCGACAGCUCGAUGACAGAUACAGAGUCCAGCGACGCAGCUCGGAAGCCAUCGUGUGUGGGGUGCCCACUGAACCUCAUGAUUAACGAAUAUCACGGACGCGAGGCAAACCUCUUGAUGCAUUAUCUAGACAUCGUCUUUCCCCUCCAAUUCAGAUUCUACAGGCCUUUGGCCUCAGAAGGUGGUCGUGGAUGGCUUCUGAGUAUCUUGUUACAUACGAGACCACUGUAUCAUGCGGCACUGAGCUUAAGUGCAUACCAUCAAAGCGCUAUAUACUCGGGUAAUGAGUCUAAAACCUGUGAUAAUAUACUUGAAGACCUGCAAAAGCACCAUUGUUUAGCACUGGUUGGUCUCAGGCAACACAUUGACCGGCUGAGUUUGGAAAUUGGUUUGGGCAGAACAAAGACCAAAGUUGAAAUACUUGCCUGUAUGAUCUGUUUGAUUUCAUUUGAGAUCUUGAAAGGAGAUAGUAAUGACUGGCAGACCCAUUUGCAAGCUGGAAGAACUAUUUUCAUGGGUCUUAAGGACAAUUUUCUUCUGCCGUUGGACACCUUAGAUGCAGUGCAAGAGAUGAAUGACUCCCCAAAAUCCGAUCCCGAUGUUCUUUCUUUGGACGAUGAAUUAGCUCUCGAAUUUUUUUCUACGGCACUGAUCUGGUUCGAUGGUAUAUCUUCCGUAACUAUAGGUGCAAAUCCAGAGUAUUCUGAUGUCUACCCUUCUAUUCUACGCAUAGAUAAUGGCAGAAUCCAACUUUGUAAGUUGAUGGGAAGUCAGAAUUGGGUUAUGAUUGCUAUCAUGGACAUUGCGCUCUUGGGAGAGUGGAAAAUUGCGCGAGAGGUUUUGGGCGAUUUGAGUCAAUCCCAGCUGGCUAGGCGCGCAGCCUGUAUCGAGGAUCGAAUUGAAAAAGGCAUACGAGAAAAUAGAGCCCGUCAAACUGGCGAUAUUUCUGAUCCGUGCGGCAUUCGAGCUCAAGAAAGCAAACAUAUCACUCACAUAUUCGCUUGUGCUGCAAAAGUCUAUUUAUAUGUUACCCAGUCUGGUGCAUACCCUAGAAUUCCGGAGAUCAGAGACAGCGUGUUAGCAGCCCUGAAAGCCUUUCAAGACCUACCCGAUGGUAAAUGGAUACGCCAUCUUGUAUGGUCUUUCUGUAUUGUUAGCUGUAUGGCAGAAGAAGAGCACGAAGAUGAAUUUCGACAGAUUGCGGCUUCGGCAAAUAUGAACCGAGGGGUUUUCUGCAACUUCCAGAACGCGUCCUCGAUCAUGGAAGAGUGUUGGAGACUUCGUAAAAGUCAGCCUUGCAGUCCCUGGAACUGGACAACAGCCAUGUCUAGUCUAGGGGUCAAGACUCUUCUUGUCUGA